UCACUCGCUCACCGCCACUUCUCGCAUCCAAGUCAGCUACUUCGCGUCGCCGACACGCCGCACACGUCGCACGCCUCGCCAUCCUCGUCUUCCAAGAGUAGGGCACAUCGCUUUCACGAAUCUGUUAGGAAAAGGUUAUUCUUUCGCAAUCCUUGAAAGCGGCUCUCCUUGAAGCGCGUUCUCGUGGCUUCGGGUUCGUUGCGUCGCGUCGCAUUACAUCAGCCGUCUCUGUCGAUAGCUUGCCAACGCCUCAAGACUAGCCUGCCUGCCCGCCUAGCACCUACACGUUCGCAUCGCAUCGCCUGUCUCAGGCGUUAGCGUGCCUAAUACCCUACACGGGUGCGCCGGGUGUGACUUAGACGGGUGCGAUGGGUGCGCAGACUUCCGCAGCCAAGCACAGCGCACCCGCCGAUACCCAACCCCCCUUGGGCCCCAUCAUGUCAACCACAUCACCGCUUCACAUCCGCGUGCACCGCUCUGCACCCAACCGCGUGACCAAGCGCAGACCCCAUAAUUAUGCGCCCCGUUCCCCAUCAGCCGUGCCCCCAGCAGCCGCGCAUCUCUCCCCUCAUGGGCGCAAGCCCGCCACCCGCGGGUCGCUCUUCGCCGCCAUCCUCGGCGCGCCGGGGGCGCACCCCGCCGCGCUCGCGCUCGCCAUCGUGGGGGCGGCAUGCGUUGUCUGCAUCCUAGUGCUGGUCGGCAUCCAGCUGUCGUCUAGGGGGAUGUUUAAGAGCGGCGCAGAUGGAGGUUGGCGGAGAGGGAUGGGGGGAAGAUGAUGCUGUAGUGAGGCGGCUUAUAACGAGGCAUGCACUUGUGGUGAAAAGGGGGGCUAUCAAGAAAGGAGAGGGCGAAUC